UGUUCCCUCGGGCCUUUCCUCUCACAAAGACCUGGUUUAUUCUGUUACCUGCAUCAUUUACCUACGGGGGAGAGAGAGGAGGGAGGUGCAUAAAGCACCUUCACUCAGCCUGCCGCACCUUCCUUCCUUCCUCUCGGGAUUUUCCACAUCCGAGCACAGAGCUCCACUUUGUUUUGAUGUUUUUGAACGUGGAACUGCUCAGGUAUGGAGGAGAGGAAGGGGUGAUCUGACUUUCUGUACCUGGCUUUGGAUGUGGCAGAUAUUUCCCACGCUGCUUUUCCUUUUUUUUUUCCUCAAUGGGAAAUGGAGUUGUGAUGAGAAAUGGGACGUAGGUAGACACGCUUGACUGUGGCAGAGAAAGUUGAAAGAAAACAAAGAAAGAGGGUGCACUUGAAAUGAGGUAAUCUACAAUCGUCAUAAUUGCUUUACUUCCAGAGGGACAUUUUUGUCAUGGGGAGUUUUGUCAGCGUCUUUUUUAUAAGGAUUAUCAUGUGAUGAUUGGAAAUUCUUUCUCCGGGACGCUUGUGUUUAGGAUGCCACAUCCAUCGCAGUGAGUGCUGCAGUGGAAGAGGAAACACAUGGCCUCUCAGACUAUUGACUUCUUCACUGACAGCAAAUAAUUGACCAUUCCAGGGAGUUUGUCUGACCUGAACCAUAACAUUAAGGAGAGAGAGGACGCAUCAAAUGAAAGAUGGACUAUACCUCGUUUUGUAUGACAUCAGAACAAUUUGUGCCCUCUUUAACUUUUACUUGCUGAAAAUAAUGACUGAAAAGCAGACGAGAGACGCGGCUUUCUGACUCCGCACAAUCCCUUCAUCUCUAACAAAGCUCAGUUUCUCUGAUGACCCAGUUGCCAUGGUGACCCUAGUGACUGUGUGAGCUUUCCGGACCAUGCAAUACUUUGGAGGGAAGAUGUCGGCCGCCCAGCUCCAGGUGGCGGGAUGGGUGGGCAGCGUGCGGCGCUCCUUGCAAGGGGCUCUGGAGCUGGUGUGGGGCCCUGCGGAGGACACGCAGAAGAAGGAAGAGGAGGAUAAAGUGGACGAGGUGGAAGAAGAGCAAGGUGGCGAUGGCGAAGGAAGCUUUCAAAGAGCUAUGACGCCACUUCGCAGCUUCGCCAGACGUAGCAGGAGAUCCCUGCGUCGCUUUUCUGACAGAAGUCGGCAGACCCUUCAGAGGAGAGGCCCUGAAACGUGCUCUGCACCUGUUAACACUUAUAGCCCAACGGGGGAAGACACUGAUGCUUUGAUAGACAGUCAGCCAGAGCAGCAGAAUGGGGCCUGCGAGCGGACACCUGACAAUGACAGCCCAGAGCCCGUCCCUGACGAGGUUCCUGAAGAACCCUCUGGAGACCCUGAUACCACUGACUUCUCCAGAGUGCCGGAGCAGGCUCCAUUCCCUGAGAGCUCCACUCCUCUCCUCGACACCAGCGCUCAGAGAUCGAAGGCAGAUCUGGGUAAGCGCCGAAGUCGGUCGCGUCCGCCACUCUCGAUGCGUGGAGGUUUCUCUUUCUCAAAUGAAAGUCAGGACUGGAGGGCCCAGGACACCACAGAUGAGAAGAAGGCAUCGUCUAAGCAAAGGGAUUCAGACUCUGAGGAGGAGCAGCCUAAACCGAAGAUAGCUCGUUCUCCUCCCCCCUCUCAGAGAGUCCCCAUGUUCACUGGUUUGAACCCUGCAUCCCUUAUUGCUCAGCUGAAAAGGAGAACAGGUGGAGUAGGAACCAGAGGAGGCGAGGAAAAGGAAGAAAACAAGGAAAGUCGAAAUGAGGAAGCGGCUCCAUCUCCCUCAAAACCCUCCCGCUCUCCUCGCCCGGCCGCUCGUUCUCCUCGCCCGGCCGCUCGCACUCCUCUCCCGGCCGCUCGCACUCCUCGCCCGGCCGAUCGCUCUCCUCGCCCGGCCGCUCAUCUCCCCGGGGCGGCCCGAGUCCUGCCACCCAUAGGUGGUGGGGGAGGAGGGUCUGUCUCCUCUCCCGCCUGGCUGAAAGAACUGAAGUCUAAGAAGCGCCUGAGUCAGCACGACAGCGAGGCUUAGCCAGACGCAGGAGACACUGGGACAAGGCCGUUCAGCAAGAAUCAAUCCAUCUCAGCUGCUGCUGCUGCUGGCAGAAACUUUGGCAUGAUUGCUCCAUUUUCCACUUUAAGUGCCUUAUUUCGGACAUUUACUGAGAAAUGCAACAGGGGUAUUCAGGCUUUUGCUGAACGUAGUGGCCAUCAAGAACUUGUCUGGCCUGUACAUGAAAUAUGGUGCCAAGUCUGUGAUGUUUUCAUUCCAAGUACAUGAUUUAUUUUCUGCUGUACAGAGGCUCAAUGGAGGCAAAAUACCCCAUUGUAAUUCAGAGCAAAGCCAUGGACUGUCCUAUUGUUUGAAUGUAUAAGUCUAAUAUUGACAGGACCGAUGACACUAGGCUUCAGCAGGGUAUCGCCUGUCACACACACCUAUGUACAGAACAUACUGAAUAUACAUAUAGAUUGCAUCUUGUGUGUAUUUAGUUAAAUUGUACAAAAUGCUUUUUACAUUAUCUUUCUAAUCACAAGUAAACCUUUAAGCACUUUAAGAACAUUUUUAACAAAUGAUGGUACAUCUAAGCAAUACAAUAAUCAAGUACCUUACUGUAGUAUCAUGGUCAUUGGUUUGUUUUAAUUGUUUCACCAUGUAUGUCUAUUCUCUUUCCAGUUCCAAAAUGUAAAAUGUACAAUGACUAGGAUUUUAUAAACAUUUGUAUUGAUUCAUAUGAAAAAUAAUCUAUCAACUAUUGUGUUUAUAAGUUCAAAUUGACAAAUUCUUCUUAUUGUGCCUUUAAAGAUGCACUUCCUGGAUUUUGUCCAAUCGACCAGUGAGCUGGUGAAGUAUAUUUCUAUGCUGUAACAGAAUCAGGAAUUGUUUUUGUAAAAUAUGAAACCCAGAAAAAUGCAAUCAUCUACUCGAGAUGCUUUUAUGUGCCUUUUUCAAUGUUAAAGAGUGGCUGUCAUCAAUGCAGUAAUCAUGUAUGAUCAAUGUCAUGUAUAAUAAGAGGAAAUUGAGGGAAUUUUAUUAAAACCUUUUUCUAUGAAAUGCAA